UUUCAACGGAGGUCUUAUGCAGUUCAGCACAACUGAACUUUGGUUCUAGAGUCGCGAGAGUCCAACUAUACGGUAAUUAUUUACGCUAGCUUAAAUUUCGUGGCCUUUGAAGAACUAAUUGCCAUCGCGCAGACUGUAGACAAACCAGGAGAUUGAUUCUCAUUGCAAAAACUAACGUCGAUAAAACAGAAACUAUGAGCUCAAACCAGACGCAGUCAAAUUUAACAGGAGCUUUAGAUAUAGGGACAGUAACAAUUGUGCAAGUGACAUCCUAUGCUCUCAUAACAAUCUUCGGGACUGUUGCAAAUUUGCUGUUGUAUGGUGCACUGCUGAGAAAGAAGCAACGAAGUCCUAGCGAAUACUUCGUGUUGAAUCUGGCUUUUACCGAUCUCAUGACCUGUGCGGUUGGGAUUCCGUUAGAUAUGGCCGAAAUUUUAAAGCAGUAUUGGCCAUUUGGAGCUUUCAUGUGCAAAGUUGUGUACCCAUUUCAGACGGCUUUGAUAGGAGUAUCAGUUGCAACAUUGACAUGUAUGGCCAUCGAGCGAUACCGAGCCAUUGUGACACCUUUCAAGCCAAUGAUAACAAAAAGAAUAGUUAAGGUUGUGAUAUUCGCUGUUUGGUGCAUAUCUGGCGUUCCUAUGUCACCUUACAUCCUUGUUCUUGAACAUAAACACGAGCAGCUACAGUGCACCGAAACGUGGCAGAAUGAGAACUAUCGGAAAAUGUUCACCAUGUGUGUUUUUUUACUCUUUUACUCUCUGCCUCUGUGUAUUAUAGCUCCGGCAUAUAUUUGCAUUGGAUUCAGAUUGUAUUCUGACGGGAAAAAGAUGAAACGAUUCAGCAUUAAACAAGGAGCUGGAAAUCAGUCGUUCCGAAAGCUGGUGAGGCAGCGAACAAGGGCGAAUGUCAUUAUUGUGAAAACAUUUUUGUUGGGUGCUAUUGUGUUCUCCUUGUGUUUGUUACCCUAUCACGUUAUGUGGUUAUGGGCUGACUUCGGAAAUGGAGCUCACUGGAGUCAUUUCGGAGAUGUACUGGUGUUUGCGAACGCUUUGGUGUAUUUCAACAGUUUAGUGGACCCGUUUAUUUUUGGAGGUACUGUGAUACGACAAAAUUGGCGUAAAACAUGCGCGGCGAUGCUUCACAGGUGUUUGAACAUUCAUAUGGUUAAUGACCGGCGAAAGACAAACAACAACGUAUCCUUAAAACAGCAAACCUGCGAUAAUUCAUCAAAAAAGCCAUAUUUUAACAUUUCAAACACUCCCGUUAGUUAUACUUCGUCCGUAUGAACAUGGAUUGUUAAUCCGGCUGUCAAGUAAUGUUAGUUAUUUGAGGCUAGAGAUCGCAUGAGUCGUCAAGUGAGUAACAAAUAUUGGUUUAUUGAACCUUGCGGAACGCAGAAUAUCAAAGUUAUUUUCUCUGAGGGCAUAAUUAUUGCGAAACUUCGAUGUUUAGUUUAAAAAGCUGAACUCAGUUCCCCGUGAAAGAUUUAACAAGGCUUUAUUACGUAGUGUUCUAUCCAAAACUAACAUUUUAUCUUUUGAUACUACACAAUCAUUAAUGCUAGAUAAAGAAAGGAAUUGCUGUUAGAUAAGCACAAUAACACCUUCAUCUCUGAUCGGGUGCCAUAAUCCAUACUUCGGAAUGACAACAUUUAACAGUAUAAUUUGAAUAUAUCAACAAAGUUGAAAUGGUAAAUUGGCCACCGUUACGAUUAUAAAAGCUGACGUUUCGAGCGUUACCCCCACCGACGCAGCCCCAAACAGUUUCUUUAGAAACUAUCAGCCUUUUAACAUUUAACAGUAGUUUCCUGUAGCACCUACAGCCCGAUGACCUAAGAAAUACCCCCUAUUUUGUGACAACGACCUUUUUGAAGGGAGCUUUCAUGAAAUUUGGCGUUAACUUUGUUCUGGAAGAUUUCUUGGAUCCUGAUGACACUUUCACAACAAAAGGAAACUAGAUGUCAGCAUGAAUGUAAAAGCCUUCCGGGUAAGAUGAACCUCACCAUCCUCGGAAUAAACGAUAUCUGUUCCUGGGAAUAGAAGAUAUCUGUUUACUUAAGAACUCAACCCGUUCAACUUGCCCGGCAUAAAUAGAAAGCAUUCAUAUUAUCUUUAUCCUGUCUGAUUUCCUUUUUUAUUCUAGUUAUUAUCAUUUGUUUUUUCGAGUUGAGAUUUCGUGCUCUUUUUGUGCCUCUCAAAGCGAUGACUGAUAACCAGGAAUACAUUUCACACUUCCAAAAUCUUAUUAUUUUCGUAGUUUAUAAAGCGAUUAAAGUUUCAACCAACUCAUUACUGAUUGCAUUACAGAAGUGAACAAAACAGUCCAGAUUUUAUAUUUUUUUGUAAAAAGCUUGAGCAAAAAGACCAGUAUUUAAAACGAAUUUAUCAAUUACCACGUAUUUGAUUCAUCGCUUUCCUUUUUCAGAAAAGAGCUCCAGACUGCAGUCUGUAGCACUGAGGGUAAUAAUAUUUGGGUGCGGGAGGGGUAGAGUGGGGGGAGCGGUAAGGGUGCACGCGAACAAGUACUAGUAACGCACUUAAUCAUCGAAUCCGUCCUUCUAUACUAUCAAAACAAAAGACUCAUUGCAGGUCAAGACGUUCUAAAUAUUGUCUUUACGGGUGUUAGUACAAAAUUAAGCCUAAUUCACGUAAAAAAUAUUUCAGCUUAUGAGACGCGUUGAUGCUAAUUUUGCACUACAUACCAAAAAACGGCCGUCGGCGAAUAAAGACAUUAAAUAUUGCCAAACCAGACGAAACAUGGCGAAACUAUUCCAAAUGAACUCUAUGAUUUUAACAACGUUGUCCUAUGUAUGAUGAGGAUAAGCUGAUUUCCUCAGAAUCCUCCCCCAUUCUGUGUGGAUUAAUCAACUUAUUUAUUACUAUUAUUGUAGACCAUUGAAUGCUGGAAUUAUAGAUAUGGUAUU